GCUUGAAUCACCAAGUUGUACCAACUGUAUGGUACAUUACCUUUAAUCCUUCAUAAAAUUAGAUCAUAGUCACUUUCUUUUUUGGUUACUAAAGCAAGUAUAUAUGUUUGUUCCAAUCUUACUCAAGACAAAAGCUAAAAAGGUGACACAAACAUCAUUAUUAUAACACUCACCAUGUUAAUCUUCCUCCUUUUCUUUUCUGAAGUUCUUUCAUCAUAAGUUCAAAUGUUAGUGCAUAAUUUCUAGUCCUACCAAACAAAAAUCACAAUGCCUAAAAAAAUAAGCAAAUCAAGCAUUUUUGCUCUUCUAAAGUGCAUAUCCACAUGCCAAGAUCACACCAAUGGCGAUUCAAGACAAGGCACAAGGGUAAGGAACUUAAGUGAUAGAACAAUAGAGUUGCAAAUAAGGGUAGGAUCAAUUCUCAGGAAGGUACACACAUUGAAGCCGGGAUCAUCGAAGCGACUCAAGAGCAAGAGUAUCUAUAAAGCUUAUAUGCCUCAAGGUAAUGAUCAAAAUAACGGCGAUGAUAAUGGGAAAGGUAAUAUAGUUGUGAAGAGGUAUGCAUACUAUUAUGAUGAAACAUGCAUGCCAUAUGUAUGGAUACAUGAUGCAGGAGGAAGUUUUUCAAGGAUGGUUAAACAACAGUAUAUUAGUCUUGAAGAUCUAAGAGAUUGUUCUGAAAUCAAGAUAUUUAGAGACCACCAAAAAGGGUGUAUUGCUGUUAGAAAAAAAUUCAGGGCUGAUUUCUGCUGACCCUGCUAGUUUUAACGAACAAGUCAUAUAUACUACUACAGUUGUAAAAAAAUUGGGAUUGUUUUUGUGUUUAUGAUUUUUUUUAGUAUGUUUAAUAUCAAAUCUGUGUAUUUUGAUCUAUGUGGUUUGAUAUAUUGUUUAAGAUUUGGAUUUUUUUUUUUUUAAAUAGAAAAAAAAAUAUAUACAAAGUUAGUAAAGUCUUCUCUCAAGAUUGUAAGUUCGAUCAAGAUUUGGAAUCAAAAUGAUAUUUUUGAA